UGCUUUGCAAUUGAAGCAAGAUGCAUCGGUUUUUUAAUUUAUAUAAUUGUCAAAUACAUUUAUGAGACAAUGUGGUUGCUUUAAUCAUUUCAUGAUAGAGCUGUGCAGAUAUGACAGUAAUCCCCUUUCCAGCAAAAUGAGAGAACUAAUUUUAUGAUGAUGGAAAACAACAUUGUAAAGGUUUCUACAAAUGGGGAUGGCAUUAGUAAAGAAGGUGCUGCCAUUCCCCCGGAAAAACCAACUCCGCAGGGAGACAAAGGUCCCGGACCUCUAUCUGUUGAUAUACCUAUCCAUCAUGACAUCAAACGACAAGAUUCUUUGCCCCUCUCGCCUCAACCCAUGUCACCUGAUCCAGUCCAUGAUUUACCAGUGGAACUGUUGCAGAUGGGAUGGAGAAGAUUUUGGAGCAAGAGAGAGCAAAGACCUUAUUUUUUCAACAAAAAUACAAAUGAGUCUUUAUGGGAAAUGCCUCAUUUUCCUGGAAUGUCUUCACCGCAGAACAACUUUUUAACAGACCCACUAGGCAUUGGGGGAGAGGGUCCAACACCGCAUCACAUGGAUGCUCGUCUUAGUCGUCCAAGUACAGAUAUUCCUCAACCACAAACUGGUGAAAAGAGACGGGCCAGCAUGGAGGGACUUGGAAGUCCCUCAAAGAGACCUGCUUUUGCAUACAGCCCUUUUUGGAACUUUGACAUUCCAACUAAUGUGGUGAUAUUUGAGAGGGUCCCAUGCUGCUUGCCCCCGCCAAUGCCAGAGGUUGAAAAGUUCAGGACCCAGUUUGUCAACAAACUACGCCAACAAUACCAGGAACUCUGUCAUACAAGAGAAGGUAUUGAUGCCCCAUCAGAAUCUUUUAAUCGCUGGUUAUUGGAAAGAAAAGUUUGCGAUCGAGGGAAAGACCCGAUGCUGCCUUCUCAGUGCACGCCGGAGGUGUCUCAGUCUAUGUACAGAGAGAUAAUGAACGACAUUCCUGUCAAACUGGUCAAACCCAAGUACACAGGGGAUGCCAGGAAACAGUUGUUCAAGUAUGCAGAGUCAGCAAAGAGAAUGAUUGAAACCAGGAGUGCUUCCUCUGAUAGCAGAAAGAUUGUUAAAUGGAAUGUAGAAGACACUAUUACAUGGCUACGGAAACAAGGAUCUCCUUCGUACGAGGAUUAUUUGGAGAGACUGGCCCACCUGAAGAGGCAGUGUCAGCCACACCUAACAGAGACGGCAAAGUCCUCAGUGGAAGGGAUCUGCAGUAAGAUGUACAAUAUAUCCUGUGAGAGUGUCCGCAAAAUCCAUGAGUUUCACUGGCAGUUAUUGAAAGAGCAUGGAAUUAAGGAACCAGCCAAGUUUCCUGAUCCAAUCAACCCUAGAAAAGUGUUGUGUUACCCUAUACAGAUGUGUGUGCCAUGUCCAAGGCUACAAACUGUUGAGUUGAUGCAGGACAAAGAAACCCAUACACUAAAAUGCAAUGGAGAAAUACUCAAGAUCAACAGUUCACACUUCUGCAAACUGGAACAGUUAUACAAAUUGAACUGUCGAGAUGAUCCAAGAUUUGACCAUUUCCUGGGACGGGUUUGGUGUUUACUACGCAGAUAUCAUACACUUUUUGGACUUGGUCCAAAUGAAGGCUUUGGUUUACAGGGUGCCCUCUCUGUCUCAGUAUUUGAAUGUUUGCAUCGAGUAUUUGGUGUUACCUUUGAAUGUUUUGCAUCACCGUUGAAUUGCUAUUUCAAGCAAUAUUGCUCUGCAUUUGAGGAUACUGAUGGGUACUUUGGAUCUCGUGGGCCUGUCCUUAAUUUCAAACCAGUAAGUGGCUCUUUUGAGGCCAAUCCGCCAUUCAGUGAAGAACUCAUGGAAGCCAUGGUAGACCAUUUUGAGAACCUGCUACAGGAAUCCAAAGAGCCAUUGUCAUUCUGUGUGUUUGUCCCUGAGUGGCGAGACCCUCCCACUGAAGCUCUGAUCAGACUGGAGUCCAGCAGAUAUAAAAGAAAAUCUGUGGUUUUACCUCCUUAUGAACACGAGUAUCGCCAUGGUUUUCAACAUAUGUGCCCUAAGGACGAGAUGAAUGUGAAAUCAAGCCAUGGGACACUUGUGGUAUUUCUACAAAAUGAUGCUGGCUUUCAACGCUGGAAUCCAACACCUGAAAAAAUUAAAGAACUUCUUCUGGCUGCUAAACCAAAGGAUACUGUUGUUUGAUGUGUUUUUACCCUGAAAUUCAAAUGGAGCAAAAAUCUAGCGGGAGUUUGAAACUUGAAAGAAACCUAGGAUAUUGUGGACACUGCAUUAUUUGUGUUUCAUCAGUUCAGACUAACAUCUUGACUAGAUUGUCUGAAAUUGUUUAGUGGUAGGUUUUAUGUUCGCAUUACUCUAGUUGUAUUAUAACAACUCCCCUUGCUCGAUGCAUUUGGCUGUAAGUUUAAAGCAUCCAUGCGAGACAAAGGCAGCAGAACUCAUGUUGACACCUGAGAAGAUGGGGCACCUGCCUCUCCUCUCUCCAUUCAUCACCCUGACUACACCACAACUUGAACAAAACUUACAUACAUGUACAUAUAGAUUACAGUACUUUUUAACAUGCAAAUGUUUGCAUAUAGUGAAAUAUUUUACAAAUGAUAUGAUUUCUCGAGUUUGGCAAAAAUUGUUACCAAGCAAAUGUUUCAGAAAGGUCUUUUCGGUAGAAGAAAAGUUUUAUUUGAAUUUUCAGUCAUUUAAAGCAGCAAACAUUACUUCUACUCAAACAGUGAAAAGCAUAAAAUUUGCAGAAGUGUGAAAAUAUCCAUGGUAACAGUAAACGAUCACAGUUAGUAGUGUUUGGUAUGUACAUUUUAUCUCCAUUGUGUAUAACAUUGUUGUAGGAUCAUACAUCUUUGUUUAAUUGUUUCUAUGUAGAGUGUAAAUUUUAUAUAGAGUUUUAUUUUCAUUGUAAAUAGUACAUAUUGUUAAUGUUGUCCUAUGUCAUAUGUGUUCUGUACAUAUAUAUGUGUAAUUUCUGUGCAUUAUACAUUGUCUGCAUGCCAUAAUGGUACACAUAUUCCUGGUACACAGUACGUUGUUUUGAUGUGCUUUGUUUAUAGCUGUAGCAAGCACAUUGCGUGUAAGAUUCAUCGUACAUUAUACAAUGAAUAGUUAUAGUGUUUGGUGUGUUUUACUUGUUUCCGUCUGAAAUCCACACUGGAGACUUGGAGGAUGACACUCAAAGUUGAUCUCUUGUUAUUUAUUGCUGCAUGUACUUCAGUGUUUUGAGUUGACCCUGUUCUGUUACUGUUAAGAUACAUGUCCAUUUGUUAUGUCCAAUAUUCAUGCUGUGGUGUUUUUUUUUCUCUCAGUGUUUCAGAUUUUUAUAAUGCAUGCAUGGUUUAUUUAGUUUUAUAUUCUUUUUAUUCUUAUAGACCUGUUACAUUUUUAUUGCAUUAUAUAUAUUACUUAAUCAUUUUAUUUGACUUUAAUGUGUUUCACAUUUUAUUACAGAUCGCAUUUUUAUGAUACAGUGUACAAAUACAUUUUGAAAAUUCAUAGAAUUUUCAAAAUUAAAACAAAAAGGAAAUAUAGGUUUUCCAGAAAUUGAUACUUUAAUUUAACUUAUAUAUAUUAAAAUGAUUUGAUUUUACUGUUCAUAAAUAAUUUCAAUGACAUGUGGAUUGAGCAAAUAUGAUGCAUAUUAAGCCUACUUUAACAUUGAUACUAUCACACUUAAACACCUUUUUUAGCUUCCACUUAUAUUUUCUUACCUGAUAAACACAGUAUGUAUAUUUAAGAACUGCUAUAACAUAUUCAUUAUGGGGUGUUUUUCUUCAUUUUAUGAACAGCGAAAUGCAAUGGAUUAAGAUACAUAGAGUUCAUAUUACCAUAAAUUCUAGAUUGCCUUAAUCUUCAUUUUGCAAAAUCUAUUAUAAUAAAUAUUGUGGAAUCAAUUAUGUAUGAAGGACAGCUGAUGGUGAUUUAGUGAAUUAAUAAUCAAGUAAAGAGACUAUCAACAUUGGGGUUUUUUUUAUGUAAAUUGUGUGUAAGGGUUGAUAAUCCCUUGUUCCAUUAGAAAUGUUAAAAUUUCUACAGUAUUUGUUCACUUACAGAAAUUUACAGCAAAAAGCGCACUGGGGAUGGUUUCAUAGCCUUUCAUUUGUCAAGUUACCAAAUCUAAUGGCAACUAUUUCAUCACAUUUAUUUUUGUAUCCUGUUAAAUUAUGUUUUUUUUUCAUUUUCAAAGAUUGUACAUUGCAAGUCCUUUGUUCAAAUUACUUAACAUCGAUACAGGGUUUGAUAAAUACGACUAUCAGA